CACUGUUAAAUGAGUGACUAAUCUGACGGAUUGAGCGGUAAAGAUGAAUGUGCCCUGGGUGGAGGAGAAGCUGGGGGAGUGACUGUGACGGUGCAUGUUUCAGCAGGGUGGAGGAGACAGCGCAGUGACCCACCUCUCUCUCCGCCCAGUGAUGAGGCUGAGCGGCCGCCGAGAGAGAGAGUAAGCGGCGGAUCUCAGAGCUUACGCUCUCUUUCGUGUGAUUGAGGGGGGGCUGGGUUUUGACGGCACACGCCAUCAUGACACAUGGGCGUACAAGCCUGAAGUAAAAGGGUUUAGUGAAAAAAAAAAAGGCAGAACUUAAAGCAAAGAGGAACACUCAGGACAAGAGCGCGUUAGGUGUACCUGGUGCCGGGCCGAACACUUUGUAUUUUCCGUUAAGGGAGCUGGGGUUUUUUUUUUUUUGUUUGUUUGUUUGUUUUUUUGGUUUUUUUUACACCUCCAAAUGAAUUCAGGCGUAACAAGUGUGCGUGUAGUCUCCAGUUGGAGAGACUGAGUCUGUCAGAUUUUGUUUUGUCUUGAACUGGCCUGGGGGCCUUUAGACGGGGGGACAUGACACAGAAUGGGACCGUGGCCAGCAAUGGCAAGGCAGGGAAUGCAGAGGAACUCAAAAUUGUGAUAGUGGGUGAUGGAGGCUGUGGAAAGACAUCCCUGCUCAUGGUCUAUGCCAAGGGAGACUUCCCAGAGAAAUACGCUCCAUCAGUCUUUGAAAAAUAUGGCACCAAGGUGAAGCUCGGAAACAAAGAGGUUCAGCUGAAUCUGUACGACACAGCAGGUCAAGAAGACUAUGAUCGAUUGAGACCGCUGUCCUAUCAGGACGCACACCUGGUACUGGUCUGUUAUGACGUUACCAACCCCACCAGUUUUGAGAACGUUAUGAUCAAGUGGUAUCCAGAGGUUCACCACUUCUGCCGCGACGUUCCCAUUAUCCUGAUCGGAUGCAAGACGGACCUCAGGAAAGACAAGGAGAUGACCAGGAAGCUCAGGGCCUUGGAUCUUGCCCCGAUCACCUAUAUACAGGGGGUGGAGACCCAGAGGCAGAUGAACGCCCAGAUGUACCUCGAGUGUUCCGCCAAAUACAUGGAGAAUGUGGAGGACAUUUUUAAAGAGGCCACCAAGCUGGCGCUCGCCUCCAGGCGGAAAGCCAGACAAGCUCGGAGAAAGAAAAGGACAUGUUCUAUCCUGUGAC